UGGUAGAGAGAGAGACGCAGCUGAGUGUGGUAAAUUCCGCUUGUGGCUGCAGGAGAAUGGCGGAGAGCAGCGCCAGCAGGCUUAUUACUGAUCUCUAAGGGGACACGACACAACACAGAGCUGCUGAGAGCGAAUGGAGGCGCUGAGAGGAGCAGCCGAGCUCCCAGACUGACGCUGCUUUAGUCUGUAUUAGACUAUUCUCUGCGUUUUACCCUCAGAUACAAACACACGCAGCUAGUGCGCUGAAGCGGAGGAGCGCUCGAGCUGCAGCAGACAGCGGCCGGCUGGGUAUAUCCGCCGUGUGUUCAGCGCGUCCUGUGAGCCAUGCUGCCUGGCGUUGCCCAGAAAACUGUGCGUGGCGUUUGCAUGAUAUAGAUGUUAGAAGUUCGUAACUAGCUGCGAGUUCCUGACUGUCUGUCUGUCAUGAAGGAUACAGGAGAAUCCAAGGACCACCAGCUAACAGUGGCCUUGCGGAUCCGGCCCCUGAGCGAUGCAGAGCUGGAGGAAGCUGCCACGAUCGUGGCCCACAGAGUGGAUGACCAGAUGGUGGUGCUGAUGGACCCUCUGGAAGACCCGGACAAUAUCCUGCGAGCCCAUCGGUCAAGGGAGAAAACAUACAUGUUUGAUGUGGCCUUUGACUACACAGCCACACAAGAGGAGGUGUACAGAGCCACAACUAAAGGCUUGAUUGAGGGCCUCAUAUCAGGAUACAAUGCCACUGUUUUUGCCUACGGACCCACAGGUUGUGGGAAGACUUACACUAUGCUGGGAACUGACAAGGAGCCUGGCAUCUAUGUCCGCACUCUAAAUGACCUGUUCAAAGCUAUUGAAGAGACCAGUGAUGACAUGCAGUACAGUGUCUCCAUGUCUUACCUGGAGAUUUAUAAUGAGAUGAUCCGGGACCUGCUGAAUCCUUCUUCUGGGUUUCUGGACCUGAGGGAAGACUCUAAGGGGGAGAUCCAGGUGGCAGGAAUCACAGAGGUGUCCACCAUCAAUGCCAGAGAGAUCAUGGAGUUGUUGGUGAAGGGUAAUAAGCAGCGGACUCAGGAGCCCACGGCGGCCAAUCAGACGUCCUCGCGCUCUCACGCUGUGCUGCAGGUGGCGGUGAAACAGCAGAGCCGCUGCCGAGACGUCCUGCAGGAAGUGCGCUUCGCUCGCCUUUUCAUGAUUGACCUCGCUGGGUCUGAACGCGCCGCUCAGACUCAGAACAGAGGGCAGCGGCUGAAAGAAGGAGCUCAUAUAAAUCGCUCUCUGCUGGCACUGGGGAACUGCAUCAACGCUCUCAGCGAAAAGAACGGCAAUAAAUACGUCAACUACAGAGACAGCAAGCUCACGCGCCUGCUGAAGGACUCUCUAGGGGGAAAUAGCCGGACAGUGAUGAUAGCUCACAUAAGCCCCGCCUCCUUGGCCUUUGAAGAGUCUCGAAACACUCUAACUUAUGCUGAUCGUGCCAAAAGUAUUCGCACUCGAGUGAAGAGGAACCUUCUGAAUGUGUCCUAUCAUAUCGCUCAGUACACCAGCAUCAUCUCAGACCUGCGCAGUGAGAUCCAGAGACUGAAGAAAAAAAUUGCUGAGCAGGCCAGCCGGCAGAACAACUCUGACAGAGCAGACAUUCGGCAUGUGCAGGACACUGUCUCACUGUCUCCCUCCUCUGGCGGUAUAGCUGAGGUACAGGCUCACUCCACACAGCAGAGCAGAGCCGCGAUGGACCAGCUGAGGGAGCAGCUGAUUGAAGCCUUCAGACAACAGAUGGAGAUCAGAAAACGUCUUAUGGAGCUGGACAACACCAAUAUGGAGAUCCAGAUUGACACGUCCAAACACCUUCUUACCAUUGCUGAUUGGGAGCAGGAGCGGAGCAGGCAGCGCAGGAAGUGGCAGGGCGAGAGGAGGAAGGAAAGCUUUAAUAAAGACGAGAGUGAGAAAGACUCAGACACUCCAGAGUCUCCUCCAGACAGCACCGAGACGCAGGAAGUGGCCAUGGCUCGAGAGAACCUGGUCACACUGAUGGGCGAACAGAAGAAAAUCAGCAAGCAAAGGGCUGGUCUGGAGCGGCGUCUGGCGGAGUUGCGUGAGAGGGCCCGCAGGCUGGAGGAGCUGCUGCCUCGCCGGGUGAGCUCAGAGGAGCAGCGGGAGGUGCUGGGGCUGCUGUGUAAAGUUCACGAGCUGGAGAUCGAGAACGCAGAGAUGCAGUCUCAUGCCCUGCUCAAAGACAACGUUAUCCGGCAGAAGAACGUAGUGGUGCAGCGGUUCGAGCAGCACAGGCAGCUGUGCCACGAGAUCAUCCAGCAGCAGAGGCAGUUUAUUGAUGAUCACAGUCUCCUGGUGCCUCCGCAUCUUCAGGAGCUGUAUGAGAUGUACAUCAGAGAUCUGGAUGAGCGGAACCUGGACCGAGCCGUGGCUUUGGACAAGGUCACUAUCCACACUCUGAAGGAAGGGUCCCUUCCAAAGAUUGCCCUACCCAGCAGAGGACGUGACCCUUUGCAGGAGCUGGACUCAGACCAGGAGAGUGUUCGCACACUGGGCUCCGAAACUAGACAAGGAAGGGUGAAAGUGCGGAGACACACUUUGCCACCCAUUCUGCCAGAGCCUGAUAGUGACAGUAACCGUGUGUUUAAGAGCAGCCCACACACAAAGCAGAUCAAGAACUCUGUGGUGAUGACUCCACCACCCAUUCACAUCAAUGGACAGGGCAACCGAGAGUUGCUGCCAAGUGCUCUAGAGGGCGCUCUAAGCUACAGCCUCCUGAGCCACAGUGUGAGCAGUCACCUGGACUCCUCUCCAGAGAGCAGCGAGAACGGAACUGAAGCUCCUCUCACGCCUAAAGAGAGGCAGCAGAUCCUGAGAGGAGUGCACAGCAUUGCAGUGAAGGCGGCCCGCCGUCGCUCCAAAGCACUGGAGAUAGAUGCCCUGCGCCUCCCGCCUCCCCCCUCUCCUCUGGACCCUAUAAAGCACAAGAGCAGCUUGUCUCUGAGUGAUGGACCACCCAAAGGCCUGGUUCUGCGCCGAGGACGGCAGCCCAGCCCCGAGCUCCAUCAUGCCACCUCUGAUGAUAACCUGUCCAGCAGCACGGGCGAAGGCCCUGCCCCCAACAGCACCUGGACACGCCCCCGCAACCGCCAGGCCCUGUCCAAGAACACUGUCCCGCGGGAGCAGGACUUCGAGGCUCGCAGACGCAAGAGACGGUCCCGGUCCUUUGAGGUCACCGGACAAGCUUUAACCCAAGGGAAGAACACCAGCCAGCGUUUUCGGCCACUUGAUAGCACUUCAGACCCCCACCUGCACAUUAACGGCCAACCUCCCGCACCUCUCCUUCGGCCCCAGCACAGAGUUCCGGCUCAGCUGGGCAAAACUCGCCCUUCCCACAUCAAUCACCAAACAGGAUCCACAGCAGACGCUUCCUCAGUCAACCUCCCCACCCAUGUCAGCAACCUCAAGCGUGGUGCCCAAAGCAGGCAGCCACAGCCCCUCCUAUAUGUCACCACCACAGGGGCAGGGGGCCAGCGCACUCGCAAACAUUGAGGAACCUCUGCCCUGACCUGUCCCUUACCCGUCAGCAACAGUUCAACUUACCCACCCAACGACUUAACAUGCAUUAAAUCAUGUCCUGGGUUCUGAGGCUUUGGUCUGCUGAACGCAGAACCCUUAAAACUCUUAUACCCCGAGAGGAAAUAAUGAAGAAUCUCUUUUAUUGAUUUUUUGACAGAGGGGGAACCCUGCCUCUAAUGCCUUUGGUUUAAGUGUGUGACCAGGCCUUAAAUGGUGUGUGUGUAUUAUAUGAUUCUGGGAAGUCCUCAAAAAAGCACCUUGAAAACUUCCUUCAGUGUAUUAAAAGGAAAAUGUCGACCAUUGUUUGUGUGACCCCGGGCACAGGCACAAGUCUUAUUCUUUUCUCCAUAAUGGAACAGUAUCUUACAGCUCUUGUGUCUGCAUUAAGGAUGCACUGUUUUUUUUUUUUUCUUUCCCUCACACGCAGGCAAUAUGUGAUUGUGGAAUUCCUCUAAACACAUAACACAUAACUCCUACAGACAAGGAAACAGGCAUUUGUAGAUCUCUGGCACCACCCUUUUCCAUUUGCAUGUAUGUCACUGUUACUGUACAGCACUAGGAAUGUCCCAUUCACAGUCAUUUGCCAUAGGUUGAGAUUUCAGCAGGAUUAUUCCCACGGUGAAUGAUGUCUGUUAGUAAUUCCAGGACAGAUUCCAUAUUGUAUUCAUCACAUUCCUGAGCCUCAGGGGAUGCUUUUAAUCAACCUGCCUUUUCUUUGAUGUUCUCAAAGUUUGUGUAUUUUUUUUUCAUAUACAUACAUUAUACUCUUUUUUCUACUCUUAAUUUUGUACAUUUUUUAUUUGUAUCCAAAUAAAACAUAUUGCAAAA